AGGGGUGGGAGAAAGCUGCUGCUCAAAGUGCCGCACUAUAUAAAAAGAGCUGGGAACCGUGGGGGCCGAGGCCAACCUUGGGAACUAGCGGCUGCCGGGACCCCUAGACGUGCGGCCCAAGCCCCAGCUGGACCUGCCGCCGCCGCCGCCGCCGCCUCGGCCCCGAUCGCAGGCGGCCUUAGCAGCCACAGCCUCCCGCGCUCCCACCCCCUCCCCGUCGCGGGGGGGAAGCCGGGCAGCCGCUCAGGCGGCGGCGGUGGCGGCGACUGCCGGGGAGCUGGAGCUGACGCGUCGCGGAGGAGGAGCUGAGGCGCGGGACCAGACGCCCGGGGCGGAUCGUCGGCGGCCGCUGCAGGUGUUUAGAGAUCUACACUCAAUCUAAAGGACUUCAUUGGCUGAAUCUCCCAAAUUUUGGCCUCUAAGGUUGGAAAACGUAAGAAGUGUUACUGUUGACCAUACUAAAUUUUGUGCCUUGGACAUCUGUGCUAAGUGAAGGACCUUGCACCCACUACUAAGUGAUUACCAUGGGCCUACUUGCAUUUUUGAAGACUCAGUUUGUUGUACACCUGCUCAUUGGGUUUGUCUUUGUUGUAAGCGGGCUAAUCAUUAACUUCAUCCAGCUGUUUACCCUUCUCCUCUGGCCUAUCAACAAGCAGUUUUACAGAAAAGUAAAUUGUCGCCUUUCCUACUCACUAUGGAGCCAGUUAGUUAUGCUUCUGGAAUGGUGGUCAGGCACAGAAUGUACUUUAUUCACAGAUCAGGAAACAGUGGCCAAGUUUGGAAAAGAGCAUGUAGUCAUCAUCCUUAAUCACAACUUUGAAAUUGACUUCCUAUGUGGCUGGACCAUGUGUGAACGAUUUGGUGUGUUGGGGAGCUCUAAAGUCCUGGCUAAGAAAGAACUGCUUUAUGUGCCCCUUAUUGGCUGGACAUGGUACUUUCUCGAGAUUGUAUUCUGCAAGAGAAAAUGGGAAGAAGACAGGGAUACUGUUAUUGAAGGAUUAAAACGUUUGUCUGAUUAUCCUGAAUACAUGUGGUUUCUCUUGUAUUGUGAAGGAACUCGAUUUACAGAGACAAAGCAUCGAAUUAGUAUGGAAGUGGCUGAGUCUAAAGGAUUACCCAAACUUAAAUAUCAUUUGUUGCCCAGAACCAAAGGCUUUACCACUGCAGUCCAGUGUCUCAGGGGAACAGUUGCAGCAGUCUAUGAUGUAACACUUAAUUUCAGAGGAAACAAGAAUCCAUCAUUACUAGGGAUCCUUUAUGGAAAGAAGUAUGAAGCAGAUAUGUGUGUGAGGAGAUUUCCUCUGGAAGAUAUCCCACAAGAUGAAAAGGAAGCAGCAAAAUGGCUUCAUAAACUUUAUCAGGAAAAGGAUGCUUUACAAGAGCUAUACAAACAGAAAGGUAUGUUUCCAGGGGAGCAGAUUAAACCCAUCAGAAGACCAUGGACUCUCCUGAAUUUCCUUGGAUGGGCAACUAUCCUUCUAUCUCCUCUCUUCAGUUUUGCAUUUGGUGUUUUUGCAAGUGGAUCACCCCUUCUGAUACUUACGUUCCUAGGAUUUGUUGGAGCAGCUUCCUUUGGAGUCCGUAGACUGAUAGGAGUAACUGAAAUAGAAAAAGGUUCUAGCUAUGGAAACCAAGAAUUCAAGAAAAAGGAAUAAUUAAUCGCUACAGAUUGAACAUGUGUAACCAGAUGGUGUGGUAUCAAAUUAACUUAAUUAAAAACAAAACAACAGAAAAAAAAAACCCACUUAGAAACUAUCUUUUUUCUUAUUAACUGGUGACUAAUAUUAAUAAAUAAAACUUGAGCCAAGAGUAAAGAAAUUGAAAAGAUUGACAGAAGAAGAUCAUCAACUUUCUACCUGUGUUCACAAUGUAAGGAUCUCAGUGUAAUUCAAACUUUGGAAGAAAAACUGGGCUUAAAAAACUGGUAAUAUUUUGCUUUGUUGUUGGGAAAGGGUGAUUGUCAGGGGGAUUUGAAUUCUCCAAAUGACUAAUCUCACAAAUAUGUGUUUUUUUAAAAAGCCUUUGCUUAUAAAGGAGAAAGCUUGUUGGUUGCUUUCUCUUAAAGCUAAUGUAGUUCUUUAAAUCAAGAAAAAGAAAAGAAAAGGGGGGAUUGGGGAGGGCAUGGUGACGUGGCAUUCCAACAAGUUUUCCUGCUCUCUCUUCUUCCUUUGAUCCUCAAUAAGCUUUUCCCCAGAGGGAAAAAAGUACCUCUUUAAAUGAAUCAACAGCUAUCCCUUCAGUGAAGUUUUGAAUAAAGGAUUAUGGGAAUAGAAAGUACCUGGCAUCUUCUGCUCUGAUUUUCAGGCAGUACAUGGUAGCUUCUGUCCUGUGGAAGGCACCUAUGAAGACAUAUCUCUCCUAGUGAUAAGCACAUAUUAAUGGACUGAAACUGAGUAGAGUUUUUCUUUCUUUCCACUUGUCUUAGUUUAAUGCUUUUAUUUUCUAGAGCUAUUUAUCCCAUUUUCUAAAUGCAGAAAUGCAUUUUCUAAAUGCUUAUGCCAUAGAUAUGGUUUUUUGAAGCAAGGUACCCUGGUAACUACAUCUAUAAAAAGAGAAUUAUUUACUCAGUAGUUUUGCAGCCCUUUUUUAAUUUAUCUGUUGGUUACUACUAGAAUUCCAUUUUCCUCUACCCAGGAGUAGUUACAUUGCAUGAAUUUCCUUUAUCAAUUAGCAAGCAUCAUAAAGCAGCUUAAUUACUUUUCUUCUCUAUUGUACAAUCUAAAGAAUAACACAUCUACAGAGAUUUUUUAUUAUGUGCAAUAGAAGCAUUCUUUAUUCUUUAUAUCAAAUCUGUAGUAUACCCUUUAAGUAGUUAUAUUACUAUUGAAUACUUUACUGUCAUAGGCAAAUGGAGAUACUGAAAACUGUUGGGGUUUUUUCAAGGUUUUUACUCUUAACAUGAAGCAAAUGAAAAUAUUGAUGAAUUUUGAUUUAUUGCUGAGAAUAGAAGGCAAAGAAUUUGGCUUUUUUGUUUAUUCUUUUCCUUUACUCAUGUCUCAAACUAUUAUGACAUGUUAUGUUCCAUGAGACAACCCCUCAUUGUAUUUAGGUAGGUUACUCAUUAAUAUACUGUGAAUGAAUAGAUGCAAAUUGCUUUGUAGCAUUGAAGGAAUCGUGUCUUAACCAAGUUAAACCUUUUUCUCAAUUGCAAAAAAAAUUAGAAUUCUUAAUGUCCUAAUUGGUGUUGAAGGAUAAAUGUGAAAUAUUUUAUUUUUUUCUGUAUAAUCUCAACUUAUGUUAUUUCUCCAAAGUAUUUACUUUAAUUUGUGUCAUUAGGCAAAGAUUUUAUUUCCUUAGGUAAACUUUUUCUCAUUGGAGUUAUUUAUUUUACCAUCCAGCCCUAAAAUAUGAAAUCUGAUGGGAGUGGUAAGGGGAGAGAUUAUUUCAGAAUAAAUGUAUUUUAUUAUUCCAGCCAAUCCAUUCCUCCUCAACUAAGCACUAAGUUACCAGUACUACUUUUAUUUAUCUUUUUUUUCCUCAUAUUUUCUAGUCACCUUUCUAGUUCCACCUUAGAUAUUAUUAACAUUCUUCAUCACCUUCUAAGGAAAAAAAUGGGUGUUUCUUUUGAUAUUUAGAAACCAGAAUUCAAAAUGGAUUGAAUUUUAUGGGAAAGCAGAAGGUAGAGGGAUGGGGGAAAUUAAAACAAAUUGAUAAAGCAAUUAUGUGUUGGCCAAUGCUGUGUGUUAGAAAGAUGUUAGUGAGGUCAUAUAUUUUCUUUAUGAAGAAGAUAUUAAACCUAUUUAUAUUUUCUUGGUAACUUCAAUGGAAGGAGGCAGGUAAAGUAAAGGUUGCUUACCAACUAUAUUUUAAUCUUAUUCACAAACUGUGGGGUUUUUUUGAACAAAUUUAUUCUUGAGGUGAAGGGCAAAAAAUUAACUCUUUUUCUUCUCUGCUCCUCUAAUUCCCUUUUUACUUUCUCAAUUAAACUGGCAAUAUAGUACUGUGAAUAAAUUGAGACUACUUUCAAUUUUUUAGAUUUUCUUUUCAUGAUACACUGUUUCUGUAUGAAUGUAUUUAAGAUCUUUAUAUUAUUUGCUAAUUCUACCCUUCUAAAUAGUCAUAUCUGAAAAGUUUUAAAGAAAAAGAUAACCAUGCAGAGAAGGAAACAUGGUAUUUUUUCUAUUUAACUGGUAUUUCUUAUUUCCCAGAUAGAUGUUUUCUUUUCCCUUUUAAAUUAAAAUACUGUGUUAAUUGAUAUUGAUUUGGUAAAUGAAUAAUGAAGAUUAGGAGCUUGGAUUGAAACAAUGGGCAUAGAUUUUUAUAUCUUACACUAUUUUCUUCUUAUUUAAUAAAACAUGGCUUGUACAUUGGACUACCAAGCCCUCUAAAAGCAAUAAUAAACAAUAUCACGAACUAUUUUUUUUUUUUAGUCUUUACUUUUCAUCCAUGGGUUUUCAGGGUUUAUUUUGUAUAAUUUUAAAAUAUAUUUAAUCAUUGUUAGGACAAUGGGGCAGCUUCAAUAACCUGCUUCUUUGCUCUUCAUGAUUUCUUUGUAUUUCUCCUCUUAAUGCUUCAGCUAUUAAUGGUGGUGUUUAUAUGAAGAUUUAGUUUGUACUUAUGUAUCUAGAACAAAAGUUCUUAACCUAGGAUUGAUGAGUCUUUUUUUUUUUUAAAUUUUGAUAACUAUUUCAAUAGAAUCAGUUUCUUUUGUAAUAUCAUGUAUUUCAUUUUAUUUUAUACACUAAAAACAUUCUGAGAAGAGAUCCAUGACACAAAAAAGGUUAAGAACCCCUAUUCUACAGGAGGCUUUCUCCAGAUCUUCCAUAAUUUUAUGCUCAGUGUUUCAGGUAAGAAUCAGGACUUUAAUCUGAAAAACCUCUGAGCUUCCACUCCAGGCCCAGGCAUCCUCUCUGAUGAUCAGAGCACAAAAGCUUUUCUAAGUAUCAGUAACUUAUAUUAUCAUCAUAGCUAAUCCAGAUACCUACUGCUCUGACUAAAAAGCAGAGUGUUCUGAAAUUCAGAUAAUUGACUGGUAUCCUUGAGUUUACUUAAUAGUCACUUCUAAGCAAUGUAAUUCUUGAUGUUUGUACGUUAUUUAGCCAGUGUGGCUUACAUAUGUUCCAGUUCAGAGAACACAGGCCUGUUUGUCCUUUGUUUUUCCCCUAGCUCAUCUCAAAGGUUUCCUAUGGCCCUUGCGGCAGUUCUCUUUUCCUACCUGACCUUGAUUUUUUCUAACCUUCACAAGGUCACAGGUGUACAAUGUUAUUGUCAUAGACAUAAUUUUGUCCAAAUCCAUAUUCAACAGGUAAGGAAACUAAGGCCCAGGAAGGUGAAAUACCCACCCACAGCCACAUAACAAGUGAGUCACAAAACCAAAUUCAAAUCCUAGUUUGCCAAAGUCUUAACCCAAUGUCUUUCUCACUAUACCAUGCUGAAAUGUAUGGAAAUUAUAUUUACACAAUGGUGUCAGAACGUCAUUGUGUACUCAGUUUGUUUGUGGUAAUGUUUGAAAACUGUUCCAUUUGGAUUUACCUCAGAUGAAUUUCAGAGGCUUUCAAAGUUACACAGUAAAACACUAUAUUUUUGUUGUUGGUACUACAAGCAAAUGUAAAUUUUGUUUUAAUUCUUUGUAUGAUUUGUUUUGUUGUUGGCUGCAUAUAUAAUUAGCAAGAAAUAGAGGCAUUAUAUGUGAAUGGAGAGAUUUUGUGGGAAUAUAAGCUUAACUGUUAUAGAAAAAAGAAUGUUUCCAUAGGAAAGGGCUUUUAGAAGAUUGAGAAUGCUAUCUUUUUAAGCCUUUCUUUUCCUGAAAGAUAACCUCGAGAAAGCCUCAAAACAAAUAAAGCCAACAGUGCUAGUGUGAAAAAUUAAAUGACUUAUCAGUUAUGUAUUUAAUAAGAUCUUCCCUGCUUUGUGCUAUGCACUGAACAAGGUAUUUGAGUAGAGAGAAAGAAAAGCACGGACUUUUCCUUUUAAAAUACUUGUAAUCUAGUUGGAAGAUAUGGCAAAAAUAGAUGAAAAGUUAUAUAACAAUACCAAAGUGCAAGAGAUAUUACAAGUCAAUACAUAGGUCAUAUUCUUGCCAACUAUAUUGAAGAAUUGACAAGCUAAUAAUUUUUUUUUUUUAAUAUUCUUGUGUUUCCAGUUGAGACGAAUAAAAGUUUAUUCUCUUCAACACAGCUAGGCUUCAUACAAACUGCCCAGCUUGGUAUAUAAAUCCACUUUCUGGAUUUCCAAAAAUAACUAAAACAUUUUCGGGAAGGUUUUCUAUGAUUUGCACCCAAUUAGUAUUAAUAAGAAUGUGUGAAGUUAGGCCCAAAUAUUACCAUGUGAAUUAGACCUUUUUUUGAAGGAUUUUAGGAACAGGUGUUAAGCAUUUUCCAUUCCCUUCUCUCACCACCUCACUCUGCCACCUCUCAUAGUGGCAAAUAUUUGGAUGUAUUGCAUGCUUCAUCUUCAGUAAAAUGAUGUAGAAACCAUCCCUUAGCUUGUGACAUUUCAGACCUAGAAAAGGAUAUAAUGUUGAAUUUCUCAGCCCUAUGACAUAUGACUUUAAUUAUAAGCAGAUUAUAUAUGAGACAUAAAAUCAUAAUUUCAUCUGUUAAAACUGUCAUAAUGACUCAAAAGGGUGAAAAAAUGCCAUUUUUGUUCCUAAAGUCCCAUGUUAGAUACUUCUCUAUAACUCUACAUUUGUAAGAAUAUAAUUUUUAUUUUUUAAAAAAAAUUUCACAAAUAUAAACUUUCAGUUAUUGGAAAGAAGAUGAAAGAAUUUAGAUCACUUUUUUUCUCUGCACAAUUUGGAAAGAAAAGGGGUAUGAUUCUUACCAACUGCUCAGGUAGCAGGAAGAAAAUAUUGAACACUUUGGAAUUGAGACCUCAAAAAUGAAAAUCAAUGAGGAAUAGGAACAAGAUAAAUCAUAUCUUACAAAUCAGGGUUCAGUUCUUCAAUCAUAUAAGGGUCUAAAUCACUCAGAUUUUGGUUUUUAAAAUAUAUUUGACUUAUUAAUUUCUUUAUUAACUUUGUCUUGCAAAAGGAUUUGUUUAAUUGGUAGGUUAAUUAUGAAUGUGGUAUUGAAAUGCACUAAAUUGUAUAAAACUGAACUAGGAUCAAUUGUUGCAAUGGAGAAAUGUCACUGAUCCGUAUACUAUUUUUAGCAUCUCAAAAUUGUAAGUUGUGACAAUCAAAUGUUGCUUGCCUAAGUGCCAGGGAAUUAAAAUGAUUUUUUUAUCACCAAGACUGCUAAAAAAAUGUUGUAUAAUUGUAAAUGAAAAUAUUUAUUUUUGGAAAAGCUACGCCAUUAAUCUAAAUCUUUUAAAAAACUUUUGUGGGUUUUUUUCCUCAUACUGUUGUUGGUCUACUAUAAUUUUACUGUUGGGCAAUUCAAAAAGGAGAUAAUACUGUAUACAGGGUAAAAAUGUAUCAUAUGUAUAUGUCCUUUUUGUGAUCUUCAUUUUUAAGAUUUUGCUACGUAUAUAGCUUUAUGUAGUUUGGGACAAUAAUGUAUUUAUAGAAAAGACAGUUGAAGGGGGAAAAGCUCAUAAUAGAUUCUGAAAACCAA